GCUCUACUGCUCGAUCGCUCGCUCGCUCGGGAGUGUUCGUCGUCUUCAUCGGCCAGCUGCAAUUAGGGUUAGUUGCUUCUCCCAAUUCGUUGUUCUGACACUGAAACCCCGGAGACGGUGCCCUUUACCUCGAAGUCCGCAGCUUCAGUUAGCUCAAACUCCAUUUAUUGUCCUUCCGGUAACGCAACCAUGAGCCGCUACGACAGCCGGUCCGGCGACCCCACUUCGUACCGUGACCGGAGAAGUGACUCUGGAUUUGGUGGAGCAUCAAGUUAUAGUGCUCCGGUCCGGUCAUCAGCAGGAAGGAGGGAAUAUGACGGUGUCGAGUCACCAAAGCGGACGAAUUUGGAUGGCCUGCCUCCGUUCGAGAAGAACUUCUAUAUAGAAUCACCGUCAGUGGCUGCAAUGUCUGAGAGGGAGGUUGAGGAGUACCGGAAUCGAAGGGAAAUUACAGUUGAAGGUCGUGAUAUUCCAAAGCCUGUUAAAAGUUUUGAAGAUGUGGGUUUUCCUGAAUAUGUUCUGCAAGAAAUUGAAAAAGCUGGAUUUGUUGAACCAACUCCCAUUCAAGCCCAAGGAUGGCCCAUGGCUCUUAAGGGUCGAGACCUUGUUGGAAUUGCUGAAACAGGCUCAGGGAAAACACUCGCUUACCUUUUGCCUGCCAUUGUUCAUGUUAAUGCACAGCCUAUUCUAGCUCCUGGAGAUGGCCCUAUUGUAUUAGUUUUAGCUCCAACUCGCGAGCUUGCUGUUCAGAUACAGCAAGAAGCUACUAAGUUUGGUGCAUCAUCACGGAUAAAGAACACAUGCAUUUAUGGUGGGGUUCCAAAGGGACCUCAAGUACGUGAUCUCCAGAAAGGUGUGGAAAUCGUUAUUGCCACCCCAGGAAGGCUUAUAGAUAUGUUGGAGUCUCAUCAUACAAAUCUGCGAAGGGUAACUUAUCUUGUGUUGGAUGAGGCAGAUCGGAUGCUAGACAUGGGAUUUGAUCCGCAAAUACGGAAAAUUGUAAAUCAGAUUCGCCCAGAUCGCCAAACUUUGUAUUGGAGUGCUACUUGGCCUAAGGAGGUGGAACAGUUGGCUAGGCAGUUCCUUUACAAUCCAUAUAAGGUGAUAAUAGGGUCUCCAGACUUGAAGGCUAACCAUGCGAUUCGGCAGAUUGUCGAAAUUGUAUCUGAAAGUCAAAAAUACAAGAAACUGGUCGAUUUGCUAGAAGACAUAAUGGAUGGUAGCAGAUUACUUAUAUUUUUGGAUACGAAGAAAGGGUGUGAUCAGAUCACUCGGCAGCUCCGCAUGGACGGAUGGCCUGCUCUUUCUAUCCAUGGGGAUAAAAGUCAGGCAGAAAGAGAUUGGGUCCUCUCAGAAUUUAAAGCAGGGAAGAGCCCUAUAAUGACUGCAACAGAUGUUGCAGCCCGUGGUUUAGAUGUGAAGGACAUAAAAUAUGUGAUCAAUUAUGACUUUCCUGGUUCCCUGGAGGACUACGUCCACAGAAUAGGUCGAACAGGAAGGGCUGGGGCAAAAGGGACAGCAUACACUUUCUUCACUGCUGCAAAUGCUAGAUUUGCUAAGGAUCUGAUAAACAUCCUCGAAGAAGCUGGGCAGAAGGUCAGCCCCGAACUGGCAGCUAUGGGGCGUGGAGCUCCUCCCCCUCCAGGUCAAGGUGGUUUCCGAGACCGUGGAAGGGGCUACGGCGGUCGUUCUUGGAACUGAUUAGAGCCCUCGAUAAAUGGGGAAGGAAGGUGGCUGCAAAUUAUAGGAACUCUUGACUUCACCCUCGUAAUUGAGGAUCUUGUAUUAACAUAUAACUCCUUUUUGCCAUUUGCCUUAUCAUUUGGGAAGUUAGGUUCAGUCCUCUUUCUUUGUAUCGGCAUCUUUUGACUUUUGUAGUUGCAUUUAGGAUUUGAUUGUGUAAUUCUUUUUGGUUGAUGGUUUAAGGUAUAUAUAUAUGCACAUAUGUUUCGAAGCA